AUGCAAACUCUUAAAAAGGCGGUAUUAAUUGAUCGCCAUAACAACGUCGUGGAUCGUAAAAUAACUCGAUCGCAACGGGUUCCUGUUAAUGGAUCUGAUUUCUCAAGCGGUUAUGACAUGGUUGUUGGCGAACUUGACAGCGAUGUGCCGAGUUCGAUAUCUUUCGCAAAAGUCAUGCCAAGAAACCUUACCAAAAUAUUACCUCCAUUUCACAAUGUACCAGUGAUGGACACAGAUUUUGAGGAGAAGGCUUUAGUGGCUGAUUUGAGACUUGAGAGUGGAAACAUGGUAUGGUUGACACGCCCGGAAACGUCGUCCAUUCGUAACCUCUUUUACGAAGACAAAAUCUCGGGCGAUAGCGGAAAUCCUGUUUUCCUCGCUGUGAAGAAUGAGCUGGUGCUCAUGUUCAUGUUUACGUACGGAGGCGCUGGGUCGGGGACAUCUGUAACUGCUCACUUUGGUGAUAUCAACAACAUCCUUGCAAACUGGGGUUCAACGUAUCGCCUUACGGAAAUGGACCUCACGAGUUUUGCAGAAACCGGACAUGUUAACAUACCAAGUAUCAUCGGCUAGACGGCCUAUUUUGGACAUCUGUCGAUACCAUGUACUCAAACUUGCUUACACAAAAUAAAUGAUUCGU